GCUAGCACGCAGGAGAAGAGGACCACAGAGAUGACAACACGCGCAGAUGAAAAUGAGACAGGCGCGGCAAAGGCGCGGAGGUCGGCAACACCACCAGUGCAUGCUACAGAAAGCAAAAAACGGUCACGCUAUGACGCGGAGCGCUGACAUACGGAACAGGAAUUCGGUCUUUUAAACCUUACUCAUAACGUUUUCUCAUACGUGUCGAUAAAGCCAAAAUAUGUCUACCGGACUGAACCAGCAAGCCAAUGGAAUAAGUCUCUCCGACACCAUGGGUUCAUUCAAGAGGAGGAAGAGGAACUCCAUCAUUGUGACGGCCUCCCUGUUUAUUGUGUCACUCCUCAUUCUCACCAUCGGGCUGGCAGCGACCACCAGGACAGAGAACAUCACUGUUGGAGGGUACUACCCUGGGGUCAUUCUCGGUUUUGGCUCUUUUCUCGGAAUCAUCGGAGCUCAUUUGAUUGAAAACAAAAGGCAAAUGCUGGUGGCCUCCAUCGUGUUCAUAAGCUUUGGGGUGGUGGCGGCCUUCUGCUGUGCUAUUGUGGACGGUGUGUUUGCAGCAAGACACAUAGACCUCAAACCUCUGUAUGCUGGACGGUGCAAGUAUUACUCCAGCACAUCAUCAUUGAACCAGGAAGUUCACUGUCAGACGGCCUCGCGUGCCUCCUGCACCCUGCGUGUGAAGAGUAACACCUGCUACUGCUGUGAGCUCUACAACUGUGGCAAAGAACAUCCUCUUUUGGGACCUCAAAAUAAAGAUGUUUUGAAAAAAUUUAGGAAAUCACCCAUGAUUUGGAACCGGGUGGAGCUCAUGGGAGGGUACCACGAGUACACGGAAGUGCAGAGCUGCCAGGACGUGGUGCACCUCUACCACCUGCUGUGGUCUGCCACCAUCCUCAACAUCGUGGCCCUCUUCCUGGGCAUCAUCACAGCCGCUGUGCUGGGCGGGUUCAAGGAUAUGACUCCUACAUCUGGCUCUGAUAGCUGUGAGCCGGACCCUCUGCCUGCCCCUGCCCCCUGUGAUGCACCGCCCCCUACUACUUCUUACAACUCCUACUACAACGGCGCCCCCUGCCUGCCCCCAUACACUGCCUAUGACCUACAGGCCCCUGGUAUGUUCCCAGACUCCUCUGGCCUGUCAGAUGACUCGCAGUCCGGAGCUAGCUACAUGUGGCCGACCCAGAUCCCUCCGCGCUACUCCCCCCCUUACUACCCUCCUGACGAGAAGCCUCCGCCUUACACCCCCUGAGUGAUGCACUGGUAGGGAGGGGGGGCCACGCUCUCCCUCAGUACAGUUUACUGCCCCUGGGAGACUGGAAUUGACCAGUGGGUGGGGCGGGGGAGAGAGGAGUGGAUGGAUGAGGAGGAAACAGGGGAAGGCCCUUCUGAGAUGAGGACGUCUCUCUCCACCCAGGGGGUUGACAGGGACUGCAAGCCUUCCCUGUCUCCUGCUGUCCAGGAGACAUGUAGGACUGAGGACGCCCUGUGGACCGUGGCACAGAAACUUCUGCUGUGUAUAGACUAAAGGGAUGCCCCCGUCCUCAUGGUUUUACUGAAGCAGCUCUGCUUGAGCUGCUGUGUGCAUUGAGAGUUGGAGACAAAAAAGGCAAGCUGUAAUCGCUAGCUGCAGAAAUCCACAUCAGGAGUUCUGGGCAAGGGACAAGGGUUACUCUCGUCGACAUCUGCAGGAGUGUGAAAGUUUUGCACCGACUCCAGAUUUGAUUUAAGGCAAUAGUAAGGAAAAUCAGGAAUGGUUCACGUCACGUAGCUGUACUGAAAUCUCCCAACACGCUCUCAGUGAUACCCGGACUGUUUACAGAUCUGCCUUAAAUUACCGUCAGUUUCCAGAACAGCGCCCCCAGGGCUGCACUGGAACAGAACUCUAGCUGUGCAGUCCUCCAUGGUCCUUCUCAGUGAAACCUUCCUGUGACUCUUCCACCUACUGCUAGCCCCACCUCAUAUUCCUAUGAGACUUCCUCCACGGUGAUGUCUUCACUGCCUUUUCACAUAGCAUGAAAAAAUAUCAGAGACUGGAGUCAAUUUGAACAUUGAACCCAUCAAAUUUCCCCUGAAUCACAAACACGUCAACUAUACACGUCAACAAUGUUUCUUGUUUCUGUCAUAGACUUGGCAGCUAGAUCAUGGUGACUGUAUAUAAACCUUUCAGCCCAAACCAUAUUGUGCAAUGCGUUGAAAACCGCAUCAUGUAUAUCCUGUCAUUUAUUGUAAAUUCAUGGAGUAGUGACUCCAAUUGUUAAGUAUA